GUCAUUAGUGUCAAUGGCAACCAUUUAGUCGUAUAAAAAUAUUGAGUGUGUUUUUGAACAAAAAAAAAAUAGAAAAGGUACCCGCAAUGGCUGGAUUGGUACGCUAUGCUACUCGUUUUGCAGCCGUGGGCAAUAGAGUUGCACGCUCACAUUUGUUAAACAAACAAUUGCCAUCCAUACAGCAGGCAGCUGGCAUUCAAAGCAAAGCCUGGAGAGAAUUAAAUGGUAUUCAGCGCCCACCACCAUUUGAUUACAAAAAUAAAACGUAUUCAUUGAUUACAUCUUGGUUUGAUAGAACCACACAUCGUUUUGACGACAACACCAAAUUAAUUCUUGUCGAAGGACCACUUGCUUCCGGCAAAACGGAAUUUGCAAAAAAGCUAGCCGCAGAUUUGGAUAUGCAUUAUAUUCCGCAAGCCACUAUGGAUGAUGUUUAUCUUAACGACUACGGAUAUGAUUUGCGUGAAUUGGACCAUCUAUUGCCACCCGGUGCCCAAACCUUCUGCGAAAAGAGAUUCGUUAAUGAGCCAACAAAUCGUUUGACAGCUUCAUUUCAACUUAAUAUGUAUUCUUUGAAAUUCCACGAUUAUCUUGAUGGUCUAGCUCAUUUGCUGUCGACCGGCCAAGGUGUUAUUAUGGAACGUUCCCCGUACUCGGAUAUUGUUUUCGUCGAUGCAUUAUACAAAUUAAAUUUAAUAACCAAAGCAUCUUAUAAAGGUAUUCUUGAGACUCGAGAUAACUCAUUGCCGGAACUUUUGAAGCCACAUUUGGUUAUUUAUCUUGAUGUUCCAGUCAACAAAACACUUGAAAAUAUCAAAAAACGUAACAAGAACAAUGAAGCAAAUUCACCGCUUUUCAAAGACACCAAAUUCUUGGAAGCAAUCGAAGAUGGAUACAAACGUAACUUUUUAAGAGACAUCAGCUCGCACGCUGAACUCUUGGUUUAUGAUUGGUCAAACGGUGGUGAUAUCGAACUAGUUGUUGAAGAUAUUGAAAGAAUUGAUUUUGAUCACUACGAAAAGGAGGCUGAAAAAAUGAAAGAUUGGCGUUUUAUUCGGACUGAAUUGGAUUGGGCUGAAACUCGUGAGACAUACGCGGAUGAACGUGAUUUUCUAUCGACUUAUACUGAACUUCCCCUUUUCCACUGUCCUGAUCUAUGCAUCUCAGCUGAGGAUGAGGCACUACGAAAUAGACUUUACGAAGAGUUCAAAGGCAGCAAAUAUGCAUAUGGCUACAAUUCUGAUUUGGGCGAUAAAGGUAUCCUUACGAAGACAAAACAUUUAAAUAGCCCCCUAAAGAAGACUUGGACAAUCUAAAAACAAUUUAUUUUUUACCGAUAGAAAAACUUAUUUCUUUUUCUUUCUCGUAAAAAAUUUACAUAAAUUUUCGAACUCACCCGGCGGCAUUUUCAAAAUCAGAUCAUAGAUUUGCCGAUGUAAAUUCCACCAUUAAAUGAAAAUAAAACAAAAAUACUUCAAAAACAA